CGCCUAUACGCUUCAUAAGUGAGCAAGAGCACUGCUAGCCUUACGAGACGGAAAGACGAUCAUUCCUUGUAGAGCGAAAUGCCUUGGAACAAUUUGCAGUCGUAAACGCGGCAGUGUAUAUAUUCGAGAUAUAAAGAUGUUGAGAUGGCAGGCAAAAAAAGUGUCAACUCACUUACUCGCAACAUCAGACUCCAAAUCAACACUAUCAAUUUGCAAUCAAGAUUAUCUUCAGAAACAAAAUGAUUUCCAAGAUUCCUCCUCAUGUCUUCCUUGCCAUCAUGGCUUUGUCUCCUGCCAUACACGCUGCACCUCGUCCAGUCACUAGAGAAUCUCCUUCUGGUCUUAGUUUGACGCAGCAACUUACUCUGGCAGACACUGCUGCCGACCGAUAUGCCCUCCUGCCGAAUGACUCUGACUUCGUAUACGACUUCAAUACUGCCAGCCCGCAGCUGCCCAAUCGCAAGAAUUUCCCAGCGCUCGUUGGCACCGGAGUCAGCAUGGCUACGGCAUCUUUUCCAGCCUGCGUUGUAGCCCCAGUCCAUAUCCACCCCCGAGCCACUGAGCUGUUCCUCGUCACCUCCGGUACAAUUCAGACCACCCUGAUCCCCGAAUUCGGCGCUGGUCCUCUACCGUCAACAUCAAAUACUGCGAACCCAAAUACCCGCAUCAUAUCCAACACUUUGACCGCAGGCCAGAUGACUGUUUUCCCUCAGGGUGGCUUCCACCUGCAGAUCAAUCCAACGUGUGAGAAUGCGACUGCGGCGGCGGCAUUCUCGAGCGAUGACGAAGGGGUCAUCGCAAUCGUACCUAGUUUAGUUUCUCUGAAUGAAGGGUUACUACAGGAUGUGUUUGGUCAGAGUCUCGGUGCGGAGGAGAUCGGUCGGGUCAGAGAGGCGGCGAAGCAGGGGCUGGCGCUCAUGGAGGAGUGUAAGAAGAGCUGUGGUCUUUGAGAACGAUGUGUCACUUCUCUGGCACACGAGACGUAUCGUCAGCGUGUACUAGAGAAUACAUCGAGAAAGGCGAGUUUUGACUUCAGUUUCAUGCGUACCAACUAGAUACAUUCGUUACUUCAGCUUAGGAAGUUUCAAUAGAAAAAAGUGCACAAUAUCCCAGAAUACUCAGGAUAACACGUAGUAGUUUCUGUUAAUCAAAUGUUAGUAAGUUGUUGUAAG